UUUUUCUGUUAGGGUAAACUCUUCAAUUAUUGGCACUUUGAGCCUAAUAUUAUCAAUUGACAACUAAUUUACGUCUUUACAGCUUUGGUGAUAGGAGUGAUCGUAUCAAUAAUUAGAGUGCCUACAAUAGAGCUGUUUACCCUACAUAGGUACUUAUUAUGUAAACAAGGUUGUAUAUGAAGGAUCGAUUAGAUGCGCGCGCUGCGCACUUCGCUUCAGUAAGUUCCCGUAACAGCGAGCCUCAAUCGCAAAUACAGUCAGCUGGGGUUGAAAUACAAGGAGCCAAGAUGCCGGGCGCCAGGCAUAAAAUACUGGGGCACGUCCUGUCGGGAUUCUGCCACAAGAUGAACCGUCGCAAACCUCUGUAUGGGGAUGCAAUGGACACUCCGCUUAACCGAUGUCUUACCACCUUGGACAUCACUUUGCUUGGCGUCGGGCACAUGGUAGGCGCUGGCAUCUACGUCCUGACGGGCGCAGUGGCGCGGCACAUGGCCGGUCCAGCCACGGCCCUCAGUUUCCUCCUGGCCGGCGUUACGUCUACCCUCGCGGCACUGUGUUAUGCUGAAUUCGGUACCAGGAUACCGAGAGCGGGAAGUGCUUAUGCGUACACUUACGUUAGCAUUGGAGAGUUCUGGGCCUUCAUCAUUGGAUGGAACAUCGUCUUGGAGUAUAUGAUCGGUGCAGCGUCGGUCGCCAGGGCGUGGUCCGGUUAUUUAGACGCAAUGUUAAACGGUGCUAUAAGCAAUGCCACCGUAUCUGUCACCGGAGAAAUGCAUGAGACUCUUCUUAGUCGAUAUCCAGACGUUUUAGCGUUUUUAAUAUGCAUCUUAGCCUCGCUCAUUUUAGCGGUAGGUGUUAAAACCUCUGCUUACAUCAACAACGGCCUCACUAUUCUAAACCUUUUGGUUAUAACGCUAGUAAUAUCGCUAGGUUUUUACUACGCUGAUAUAUCGAACUGGUCGGCUGCGAAUGGAGGUUUUAUGCCUUUCGGAUUUAGUGGGGUAUUGGCAGGGGCUGCUACGUGUUUCUACGCCUUUGUUGGCUUUGACAGCAUUUCGGCGUCUAGCGAGGAAGCUAAAGAUCCUUCGCGGUCCAUCCCUAUAGCGACAGUUCUUUCCAUGGCUAUCGUAGCUUUUGGAUACAUUCUUGUCGCUCUAGCUUUGACUCUUAUGGUGCCAUAUACGAGUAUUAAUCCUGAAGCAGCUCUGCCGUCCGCUUUAGGUGCAGUACAUGCCGAUUGGGCUAAAUAUGCAGUUUCUGUUGGAGCCGUUUGCGGAAUGACAACUACUCUUCUUGGCUCUCUGUUCUCUCUGCCCCGUUGUUUAUAUGCUAUGUCUACUGAUGGCUUACUAUUCGGUUUCCUCAGCGAUAUUAGCAACAAGUCUCAGAUUCCUAUUGCAAACUUAAUUAUUUCUGGAUUAUCAUCCGCUGUUAUAGCUCUAUUGUUUGAUUUGGAGAAGCUUGUAGAAUUCAUGUCGAUCGGUACAUUAUUGGCGUACACGAUCGUGAGUGCCGCAGUUAUAAUAUUACGGUAUCGGCCUGCUCCUACGGUUGACGAUAAGACUUUUGGAGUUCCGCCGAUAGAUUCUCCUGGGGACCGUGAAGAUAGUUCAGCAACUGGUACACCAGCGACUGAUGGCGGGUCUUCUUCUUCAGAGAUGUUCGAAGCUCUAACAGUGGGUCGUCUCCGCCCGCAAUACGCCUGGCUCGAGCCACUCGUCGGCGGCCGAGCGCCCGGGGCGGCCGUGUCGGGCUGUGUGUACACACUGACCGCGGCUGCCGCCGCGUUGUGCGCCCAUAACCACUUCGUGGCCGAACAGGCGGGCUUGUGGGCGCUGCUCCCGGACCUGGUGCUCACUUCCAUAAUUAUUGCUUGCUUAUUCAUAAUCUGGGCGCACCAGCAAUCACCAGCGCGGCUUCCAUUCAGAGUCCCGUGGGUGCCGCUGCUGCCCGCUGCCUCCGUCAUGCUCAACGUGGAGCUCAUGGUCAACCUCAACGCGCUCACCUGGGCGCGGUUCGCUAUAUGGAUCACUUUCGGUCUACUCCUGUACUUCCUCUACGGCAUCCACCACAGCAAGCUUGGCGAAGGCGUAGCGGGUCUCCUCUCCCGAUCUGCGAGCGCCGGUCGCGGUUGGGGCGCCAUCGAGAAAACUUCCCGGCGAAUUGGCCGGUUCGGCCGAGAAAAAAGCGACGAUCGAAAACCGAUCAUAAGCGACGACGAACUCGCGCGGCGGGAUCCGUGAUUCUAAAGUAAACUGUAUGUGUUCUGUCUUAAAGUUGCAAUUGGAAAACGCACGUUAAAAUUAUAAUACUUGCUUUUAUUGAAGAAUCAUAAGUAUCUACUGUUUGAGAAUAGGUAAGGUUUUUCAUGACUGCACUUAUUUAGAUUGCAGCACUGAAACAAAAAUCCUCAUUGUAAUUUUGGGGGACGCCGAGUCGAAAGACACCAAAUGUAGGUAUUGAAAAUGAAAAGACACUUUUAAUUAACUUUUAAACGUUGAGAAAUUUAUCGAUAUAAGUACCUACGAGAAUGUCAAACGAGAAACAACAAUAUGAUAUUUUACUUUAAGUCAAAUAAACCUUAAGGUGCGUUUUCAAAAUGUAACGACUAUAACUACUCAUAUAAUAAUUAUUUAGAAAUCUGUGUUCAGCUCUAUAACUGUCGCUUAGUUUCUUCGUUUCAAAAGUUACACAAAAGAAACAAAGUUGCAUGUGAUUGUGUUGUGUUAUUAUAUGCUUGGUUACCACAUAUGAGCGGCACAGUAGGCAUAAGAUGAGAUAUAAUUAUGUACACGGCUGAAAUCGAAUAAUAUAUUAGGCACAAAUUGACUUCGCAUUUAUGUUUCAAUGGAAAAUAAUAUUUGAGAAAAUUUGUACCUAUUUGAUGUUUUAUGCAAUUGAUACAGCCAGCAAAGUUAUCAGUUUAGCACCCCUGCAUAUAAAUAUGUAUGGAAUGGUGCUAAGCUAGCUUUGCUGACUGUACAUAGCCACAUAGGUACUUAUAAUUUAAAUUAUUCAAGUAUAAAAUGACAAUGCUAAUUACCCGUGUCAUCGUGUGACUCAACUUUUGAAUGAAACUUUAACUCAGGGUCAAUUAUUGUAGGUAGUACCUACAUACCAACGUUGAAUUAAAUUAACUUUAACGAAUUUGACAGUAAAAAUGUUAAGCGGUAUGACCAAAGAUCGCGCAAUUGUUUAAAAAUACAUAUUUAUAAGAUACAAACAUGCCAAAGACUAUUAUUAUAGCACAAAGUGAAGUCAAACUUCAACUGGAAUUUCUAAUUCUCAUUGAUUAUUCAAAUCUAUUUAACAUUAAAUUACUAGAAUGUUAGUAAUUUUCAAGAGAGAUACUUUUCAGAAUCUUCAAAUAAAUAGGUACAACAUGGGCAUUUUUUUAGCUAAUUAAUAAUUAUGCGAACUGUUGUUUUAUUUGUUGUGACGUAACUUUCUAUUAGUGUUGCCAAAAAAUGUAGUGUUUAUUUUAUAAAAAUGGAAACGUUUUAAUUAUUAGUUUUUUUAUAAUAUAAGUUAUUUAGAUACCUAUCUUAGAUUAUAAAUUAAUUAAUUUUCUUUUAAAUAAUCUUCCAAACCAUGUGGUUUACGAGUUUUUGUAAUUAAUAGCAUGUAUUAAAAAUACUCAGUUGAUAAAUACACUUCAAAAUUGAUUGAUAACUGAGUAUUUUUUACAAACUGCUAUUAAUUUCAAAAGCUUGUAAUCUUGUAAUUGCUUUGUGUGAACUUUUAUGUGCUGGUAGAUGAACAUAUCGUGUAGUGAAAAGGUAUAUCACAUAAUAUCGUCGGGUGACAAGCAAAAUUCACUAACUAACACCGUUGAAAUUAUUGGACAAUAAACCGUGUUACAAGUGUAAUAAAGUGCAUUGUUACUUUAAUUUUUUGACAGUACUUAGUGACUUUUGCUUGUCACCCGACGUAUAUUCUUUGAGUAUUACGAGCAGCUUAGUGGCAGCUUUUUAAGUGCGAUUCCAGAAUAUAUAAAUAGUGGUACAUCAUAAUAUGUUAUUUAGCUUUCAAAAAUGUGUAUAUCGUUUAAUGAAGUUCCAAAUAGGAAUGAACCGCCGAACUAAACUAUAUUCUAAAUAACUAAUUGAUAAAAAAAAUCGAAUAUAUGUUAAUUUUACGAAGUAGUAUAUAAGUAUUGUCCUUGUAGGUAAAUAGAUUUGCAGAUAUAUCUUUUAUUAAAUAAAAUAACUAGACUAUUACAUAGUAACACCAAAUGUGAUCUUUUAAAAUGUCCAAGUACCUUUCUUUAAGAUUUUUAGCCAGAAUGUUAUUGUUUUGUGCAUACUUAUAAGUUUAUAGAAUACCAAGAAUGUUUAUGAACUUCAUAUAGCAUUGUUAAUACUCUAACGACAUAUUUUAAGAAAAGUUGAUGUGUACAUAAAGCAAUUAUAAAAAUAA